GAUGUCAGUGUAGCGUUACAGCAAACCUAAUCACAAACACCACUGUCAUCAUCUCGGAUUAUAUAUAUAUAUAUAUAUAUAUAUAUAUAUCAUUUUACCGGUGUUUUAAUUGUAUUUCUGAACGGAGUUAGAGACGUUGUUAUCCGUCAAACGUCCAUCGACUGAAAGCGGCCAGUGAUUCAGAAGCACAAUCAAAGGCACCUGAGCUCAGGUGAUGAGUCGCGAGAUCCGAUGAGACGAUCCCUUUCAGUUAAGAGCUGAUCUCACCUGCUGAAAACCUGAGAGAGCCACCGUCUCCUCACCGUAAACACGCGGGGUUACCUGAUAUUUAUGGAAAGAUUGUGAGUUAAAACAAACUUCAUUGAGGAGUUUCAUGUUCUGUGCUCUUUGACAGACAGGUUGCAGUGGUUUUCUUCUGAUCUGUCAGAGAUCAUGGAUUGGGGUUCAGAUCUUUGGGACCAGCAUGACGUGAUUGAGAGACACACUCAGAGCGGACUGGAUCUGCUGGAGAGAUAUGUGAAGUUUGUGAAGGAGAGAGCUGAGAUCGAGCAGAAUUACGCCAAACAGCUCAGGAACCUCUCUAAGAAAUAUUCCAGACGAGGCGUCAAAGAAGAUCAGGACACAAAGAUGACCAAUCAGCAGGCGUUUCAGGACGUGCUGAAUCAGCUGAACGAUUACGCGGCUCAGAGAGAGCAACUGUCCGAGAGCAUGACGCUGAGCAUCUGUGUGGAGCUCAACAGAAACCUGCAGGAGCUGCGACAGGAGCGCAAGAACCAUCUCUGUGACGUUAAGAAGGCUCAGCAGAACCUGGAGACCAGCUUCAAACAGCUGGAGAUUAGUAAGAAGCGUUUUGAGAAGGAGUGGAGAGAAGCAGAGAAGGCCAAUCAGCAGACAGAGAGAGUCCAGCAGGACGCCAAUGCCACCAAAGCAGACGUGGACAAGGCCAAACAGCACGCUCACUCCCGCAUGCACUUAGCAGAAGAUUGUAAGAACGAAUACGCUCUACAGCUCCAGAGAUACAACAAGGAGCAGAACAACUUCUACUACUUGGAGAUCCCAUCUGUGUAUAAUAAGCUGCAGGAAAUGGAAGAGCGGCGCAUCCGGAUGUUAGCCGACGGCUACGUGCAGUUCUCUGAAACCGAGAGGAACCUCCUGCCCAACAUUAACAAGUGUUUGGACACCAUCAGCUCCACCGGGAGGAACAUCAAUGAGAAACAGGAAACUACGGCUCUCAUAGAGCAGUAUAAAUCAGGCGCAGUGCCUCCUGCUGACGUGGAGUUUGAGGAUUACAGUCAGGCAGUCAGAGCUGCCACAUCUGACAACACAGCAACACACCUGCCGAAAGUGCGCAUCAAACAGCUCUUCCAGAAGAAAAACAAGGUGACGUCUCCUGAUAAGAACUUGCCGUUAUCGCUGGAGGAUCUCUCUCGUCUGCCUGCGGAUCAGAGGAGGAGGCGUCUGCAGGAGAAGGUUGAUGACAUCCAGAAGGAGCUGCAGAGAGAGACGGAGCAGAGCGACGCUCUGAUGAAGAUGAAGGGCGUUUAUGAGCAGAACUCUCAGCUUGGAGAUCCGUCCAGCCUUCAGCCUCAGAUCACACAGACCGCCCAUAACAUCGCCAGACUGAGAGGAGAGCUAAACAAAUACCAGGUUCAGCUGACUGAAGCCGGCGGUGGGACACUGCAACACACUCCCGGCAGUUCAGAGUACAUCACGGUGCUGAGCGAUCCCAGCGUGUCUCCGUCAGAGAACAUCUAUGAAUGUGAAUUUGAUGAGGACUUUGACAUUGAUGUGCCCAUCGGUCAGUGCAAAGCGCUUUAUGACUUCGACGGCAGCAGCGAGGGCGCCGUGUCCAUGCAUGUGGGCGAGCAGCUGAGUCUGAUGCAGGAGGAUCAGGGCGACGGCUGGGUCCGAGUUCAGAGGGCCAAUGGAGACGUGGGAUACGUGCCGGCGUCAUAUAUCCAGAUCUUCUAGAAACAGCUGAUCGCGUGUUUUACUGGAGUGUGAGCUGUGCUCAUGUGUCUCUAUCAACUGUUGUGUUUUUAUGUCAUGGGGAGGGGUUUUACUGUUUGAUUUAUUUCUUUUCUGUCGUGCAUUAUGCUGCUUCUGGUGAUUUCUUGCACAUUAUUAGUUUUAAAAUUGAUUUCCGUUGUCUUUUUCUGCUGCGUUUGUUAAUUAUUGCAUGUAGAAGCCUUCAGCUCUCACUGUUGUAACUUCAUGACAUAAAAACAGUCAAGUGUGUCCAAACGUGUGCUGAAUAAUUGCCAUAUUUAUUUAAAAAAUCUAUAUUAACAUCCAUACCAUCUGAUGAUAUCAACAAGUGCAUCUGCCACUUUAAAUGCUUGAGCAGCCAUGCACAAAGAACAAAGGUCAUGUUCAGGAUUUUCAUUAAAUAAUACAUUCAAUUUUGAGUUGAUUAUAAGCCGCCAACACACUUGGAAUAUAUGACAUGGGAUCAUUCUGUGAUAUAAUGUGAGAAAUGAUAUCUGAAAACAAAAGGGCUAGAACGCCACAGUGCGAGUAAAUGAUGACUUAAUUUUUAUUUUUUGGGUACUGUCCCUUUAAGACCCAUUUACGCCAAGAAUGAUAACUACAAAGAUUUAUUGCAUAAAUGUUCUGCCCUUUUAAAUGCUGUGGUCUCUAUUAAAGAUGGAUUCUGA